AAACGCUUUUUUUUUUUUUUUUUUUUUUUUCGCAGGGCUUUCUCCUCCAUCACUUCCUUUCUAUUGAGCAAUGUGUUGUCAGGCAGGGAGGUGUGAGGAGCCGGGCUCUUCACUCCUUCACGCUGCUCAGGAGGAGCCAUGGCGGAGCGGAGCCUGAGGAGGGACCCCAGCAGAGACCGGGGAGGGGAGGACGCUUACCUGCCCGGACCAGCUUCAACUAUCACUGACUGAAUACAAUGGUGACGGCGGCUGCUAAAGUUUUACACGCGUCUUCAGCUCUUGUCACGGGUGGCAUGUUCAACUUUUCAUUCACUGACAUUUCCGUGAUGUCGCAGAGUUAGUUCUGCUUUUCGUCCCGUCCUGUGGAGCGUCCGCCUUGGGGCGUAAAUCUGGCGCACUGUCCCGCAGUGGCUCAUAGAGCGCCUCUUUAAUAUUUCAAAGUCAGUGGGGAGGGGAGGGGAGGGGUGGGGGGGUUAACAUGGGGGCAAAGCAGAGCAGCCCGACUGCUAACCCGGCUGCUAACGGACGGACCAGAGCCUACUCCGGGUCGGACCUGCCCUCCAGCACGGCCAGCAGCAACGGCGGUAAUGUGAGCAGGACUACCGCCGGGGGUGUGAGGUACCACGCGUACGGCGCGUCCGGAGCCUCCGGGGCCAGCACCAGCCAGCACCCUGGAGCGAGAGCCAGGUCUGCGGGGGGCUCCGGGACCCGACCUCAGUCCGGUAUUAACAUACCGAACAGCAGCGGAGCCUACAGCUCCCCGGAGUCCGGCAGCAGCCCGGAGGAUGCGGGGGACCGGGAGCAGGGAUCGAGCGGAGGAGGAGGAGGAGGGCACGAAGGUCCCCGGCUGAUGAUCGGAUCGUUACCAGCACACCUCUCGCCUCAUCUGUUCGGAGGCUUCAAGUGCCCUGUGUGCUCCAAGUUUGUGUCCUCAGAUGAGAUGGAUCUUCACCUGGUCUUGUGUUUAACCAAACCCAGAGUCACAUACAACGAGGACGUCCUGACUAAGGAUGCUGGAGAAUGUGCGAUCUGCCUGGAGGAUCUGGCACAGGGAGACACCAUCGCUCGCCUGCCAUGCCUCUGCAUCUACCACAAAGGCUGUAUCGAUGAGUGGUUUGAAGUCAACCGAUCAUGUCCAGAGCAUCCAUCAGAUUAAAGCUUUUUUUUGCACAGGUACUCUGGAAUGAGAGCGACCUACAAUCGGAAGUGUGGAUCCACGAGACUGCUGGACACUGUGACCACUGUGAUCAGUUCAACCCACUAAUGUAGUACCACAGUGUGCCAAAUCUCAUUUAAGCAAUCUUCAGGGAAACAGACUUUUGUGUUUUUGUUUGAGUUGCACAUUCACGCUCAGUCUGAGACUGGAACGGACUGACCUCCGCCUCGCGGGACACGGUGAUGGGCGGGGGCCACUGGACAGCCGAUAUCAGCUGAUUGUACACCUGGGACACUGGAGGAGGUGGAUGUGGUCCUAGAGGUGGGGGGGGGGGGCAUGUGGAGGGGGGGGGGGGGUGAUGUGUGGAUGGCACCCUCCCCUCUCUGACUCUGCCCCAUGCCUCCUUCUCAGCAUCAGUGUCUACCAGUGCCUUGUUGUUGUUGUUGUUGUUGUUGUGACGCCCCGGCCACAGCAGUGCGGGGGACAGAGGAGUCCAGACUGUCAGCAGAGCCAGCCGGUCCACUGAGCCGACCUAACAGGACCAUCAAACCACUACUGCCAUCCUACCAGAGCAGGAGAAACAAGCCAGAGACAGACUGCAGCGCGAGGAUCCGUCUGCACCUGCAGCUCGGGAACCUUUUUCAGAAACGAAGCUGCUGAAAUUAUGGUGCCAAUCAACUGUGAAAACUGUCACACACACGCACACACACACACACACACACACACACACACACACACUUCAUGAGUGCUUUUUAAUCAUAUUCCAAGGAAUAAUGGUCCUCAGGUACAAAAACCUGUCCCCAUUUGUUGAAAAGGAUCCCAGCAGAGUUUGGCUGCCUCCAUGAUAAACACAUGUUUGUUCAGUUUUUUUUUUGUUAAAACAGGAACAUUUUCUUGAUUUAAUUAAAGGGGUAGUUCAGAUUUUUUGAAGUGGGCUUGUAUGAGGUACUUGUUAAUAGUAAGUGUAAUAGCCACAGGAGAGCGCGGUCAGUAUAAACAUACAUGGGUAAACAUACUGUGCAGGACAGGUUGAGUCAUUAUGCAAUAAGAAAAAAAUUACAAGCUGAAAAAUCGUUUUGAGAACAAAUCUCCUUUCAACUUUUCGAGUUAAUUUGUGAAAGUUAGAAGAGCGUCAUUAAAGUACGGGCGUUCAGUACGUCAGGGAGGUUCAGGCGUAUGUGAGCUGAGUUUACAAACCUCUACCAGCAGGUAACUCACCACCUCCUCUUGUCUUCCACAGAAGUGUUCUCCUCUCUCUCUCUUUUGGACCGGCUGAGUGGUCCCUCUGCAGACGUUUUUCCCUCUGUGUACUCAGAGUCCAUCAGAAUACCCUCAUGUAUCCAUGGUAACCAUCACGUCAUAGUCACGCUGUAAAAAGAGGUGGAGGGCAGAGCAGGCCGUGCGUGAAUGAGGACGGCGGUGGUUAUGAGGAGGACACCGUCCGAUGGCGGCAAUACUUACAUCCUCAGUAGGCCUUUUUCUGACUGCAGGAACUUCUUCACAGUUCAAGGGACUGUUGGAACCCUCCUCCUUUUUUUUACUGAUUCUGCACUGCAGGAACUAUGUACUAUUUUAUUUCCUAGAACCCCGUUUAGAGGAGCCUUUUUUAGCUCCUUAGAGUAGGUAUUAUGGCGGUGUGAAUGCAGACAGAAAAAAAGUUCCCAUGGUGUGUUGCCACAGUAAAGUGUUAAAAACAGCACAGCGCUCCCGUUUAAUAGAACAUCUUUGGUCCUGUGGUCGCAGCCUAUCACAAGCUUGUGUUAUUGAUGGGGGGGGGGGGGAAACAUGAGCUUGGGCUUGCUUGUCUGGACCCCGGUUCCUUAGCUUUCUGAACAAUAUAGUUGAAUAGUCCCUCCUGCCCUAGUGGAGAGUUUCUCUUCAAAAAGUCCCCAGAACUGUUUGGUCAGGAAAACAGCUCAAGACUUCUCGGUUGUUUUUUUCUGAAAACGAGCUGAAUUACGUGAUUACAAAUGGCCCAGUCUGCAUACAGCCUAGCUUCCAUGCCUGCCCACAGGUCCGUCUCUCACUCAAGGAGCCGUGCUGACCAGCGUCUACGUCAUCUGAAACAAAUACCUCAUACAACCCAAACCCACUUAACCAAAUCCAAACUCUCCUCUUGAAAUAGUCUUCAUGUUGUAACAGGAUGUUUUUCAUGUUGGAGAUUCUCCUCAAAGCAUCUUUUAAAGUUGAUUUUAAAGAGACACCUGAUAUUUGUGUAAUGACAUAUUGUUCUGAUAUAACUCAAAAAGGUGACGUGUUAUUAUAACAGUGUAACGUCGUGGGUGUUUAGCAAUAACAAGAAUUAUAUGAGAACAUGAAAAAUGUUAUUUUAUGACAUGAAAUGUUUUUAAUGUCAAACAAGUGAGAUGAAAAGAGGAACUAUUCUUAGGUUUUUGUCCAUUUUGCUUCUUUUUUUUUAAAGCUGUUAAAUAGCUGCUGUUGUUUUUAUAAUGUCUGUCAUCAUUUGAAUAGGCCAUGUAUUAAUUAUAGCGUUGAUCAUUCUUCAGUUGCUGCAGAGAUGAUGGAACUGGUUCCCACGUUGAAGAAAAGAAAAAAUAGUCUUUGAAAUUCACACUUUUUGCUGUUUCUCUCUUCUUUUGUAAUGCAGAAAAGUAAAGACAUUUCAGCGGA